AUGAAGAAUCACAUGGAUAGAGCCUCAAACAUUCCAGGAAACCGAGUUUAUCUCAUUUUCCUACUUGUAUCAUCAACUCUCUUGAAUAAUGGCCACAGCCUGGAUCUCACAAUUGACAACCGCCUGUUCGUCAUUCCCCCCGAUUGCUACACUAGGGUAUCAAUCGGCUCUCGUCUCGUUGAUUCCUUAGUUAUUUCAACAAUUCAAGCGAAUGCUGUUGGUGAUUGCGAAGCCGCUUGCUCGACCAACGGCACUUCCUGCGGCUCCUUUAGUUUCGGAGUUGGGAAUAGAGGGAAUGGAUCCUGCGUGUUGGGGAGCCGAGCGCCUGACGGCCAGACGGAUCUCCAACGAGACCCUAAUUACGAUGUUUAUUCCAAGGGGAAAAUUUCGCUGAGGGGGUGCCAAACGAGGGCUGGGUUGUCCUCCAGCACGACCCCAAUGAGUCCAACGUCUCCGAUGAACCAAAAUGGUCCGGGAGGGCUUGGAAAUGGAGUUGGGUUUCUUAACAUCAACGCAGAUAGACCUCAGAGAUUAUUCGGGAAUAAUAGUCUUCUCACAGCCUUUGAGAAUUCCGUUUUCAAUCGAAAUAGAAAUAAUCGCAGUGGAAUCGUCCGGAAUAUUGGGAGACCUACCUCCCCUUUCGAUUUUAUCAACGAUGAUCGACUCAGGACUUCUGAUAUUCUCUAUAACAAGAAGAAUUAUAGGAGUCAUGAGCACGAGGAGAAAUUAGGAGAGAAGUCGAAUUUCGAUGAAUGGAGCAACGAAAAAUUUAAGAACAACAACAAAUGGACCACUGGGGGGCCUUUUGGGUGGCAGGAGGUGGUCCACAACUUCAACUCCUUUCCAAUCGUCUCUGAAAACCACUUCAAGCAUCCUGAUUACAAUAAUUACGGAGACCACAACAGUAAUCCCGAUUUUUUGACAAUCGAGGAAGAGAAAUUCGGGGAUACGUUCGGGAGAAGGUUGACCCCUCACAAAAUUUUUGGGGAGUUCCCGGUAUCAACGGUUCUAAAGAAAAAUAAACCUCAAGCUGAUGAAGAUGAUUAUGUAAAUGCAUUCGAUGAUUCUUUGGGAUUCGGUCAGAGGUUGACUGAAGGAGUUGAUGCUCAUGAUUUCUGGAUUGAUCCGAGUGCAUCAAUAAAACACCCAUCAAUCCAGCAAAAUGAUGUGCCUGAUCCCAGCGCAUACGAGCCGACAAAUGAGGUAAAAGAAAUUGGCAGAAUGUGGUGGUUUAUUUGUCUUGUGACUUUAUUCAGCGAAUCUUUGUGUUUGGGUACCGUUAUUAUUGUGCGCGAUGCGGACUGUGAUGAUCCAUGUUUUCGUCGAUUGCUCUCCGGCAAAAGAAUCAUCGAUCCCUACGUAAAACGAGUGAUGGAGUGCGAGAGGCUUUACGAUUGUCAUCGGAUGUGCGAGUACGAGAGAGGAUUCACGUGUGAGGGUUUCAAUUACCGGCCCCAUCCAGGUGCGAAGGGAAUGUGCGAGUUGGUGUCGAUGCCGCCGAGCCGAGUGGACGUGAACCGAGAUUUCGUAUCAGAUCCUCGUUACGACUACUACGAGAGGGACUGGACGAGGCGAAAGUGCGAGCCCCGGAGGGACAAGCUGCGGCCAGAUCACCCAGGGGCAUCAGGAAGUUGGUGGGGCGGAGACUCCGGGGGGCGCAGACCAGGGUGGGCACCUCCACGGGGACUAGGGGGUCAGUACAUCCCUCCAGGAGUCACUCCAGCCCCUCCAACGAGUCCUGGAGCCCCUCCUUACGGCGGGACCUUCGUGGGCCAGACGAGGCUGAGCUUCGAUGUGCCCAGACCCAUCGACCACGAUCGCAGGCGCCCUGACCCCUGGGCCAGACCCGGACCCAAUGAUGUCGCUAGACCCACUCAUCCGCCCGCCCUGUCUGUGCGACCUCUCGAGGACAACUGGCCCCCCUUCCCCCAGAUGAGACCUGAGAGACCCAGACCUGAUGACUUUCAUCAGGGCGAGGGCAGGAGAUCCAUGAUGGGAUUCCCUCGGUAUCUACCCUCUAGACCCUCCGAUUAUGGCUACAGCGGCAAUGGGUACUCCUAUGGAAGACCUGGAGACGGAAUGUGGAUGGGUGCAGGGGGGAGGUAUGGACAGAAGUAUCCUAUGAGGAGGGUUGGAUACACUCCCGAUCCAGCCACAAACGAAAUUUCGCCCCACUACAUCCCCGACCGGAGGAAGCCACCAAAACCCGACUCCUCCGAGGGCUACGGUCCCUCUUACGGAGGGUAUCCUUACUCAGGACCUGAAAAGCCCCCCAUGGGACCAUUGAACCCCGAGCCACCGUAUGCAAAAACCCCUCCGGAGCACGACUCCUAUUAUGGAUCAUUCUACAAUUAUGGAAGUGCCUAUGGAUACUCUGAUAGACCUGUAGCCCCCAAAAUAUCGCCAGCGCCUCCUCCUCGCAGAGACUGUUCGGUCAGAUCUGCUGGCGGAUUUCGGCUCGCCAGGGGGAUUAUCAGGAAGAGUUAUCUCACCGCUAAUUUAGGACAGUGUGAGAGUUUGUGUCAGGGUCAGAAAGAAUUUACUUGCUUGACAUUUGCUUAUAGAUAUAAUCUAGCUGCAACAGCACCCUCAGACAACUGCCUCCUCUCGGACGCACCCUUCGAGAAUCUUGUUUUCUACACUGACCUCGAGCCAGACCGCGAUUACGACAUCUACGCGAUGGCAAAGGCAAAGUGGUGUGAGACGCGCGGAAGACCGUCAUCCAGUCCCAGGCGACCGCGUCCGCCGGAUGAGUGUUUUUGGAGGGUUCGGACUGGAUUUGGAAUGCCUCCCUCGGUGGUGAAGAAGCCCACGAGGGUGGAGGGGAUGGGGGAGUGCCAGGUCGAGUGCGUUCAUGCGAGGGAUUUCACUUGCAGAAGUUUUGUCUUCAGAUACGAUUCUCGCUCGAUAAGUGGCCUCCCCAACUGUUACCUGAGUGACUGGCCAGCGGUCGAAAUAGACCCCCACAAAAUGCAGGACAUGGACGGCGCCGAACUCUACGAAAGAGGUAGUUUCGGUCGUGGCUGUGAGCCCCAUCCCCCAAUUCCCUCAGCCCCGAAUCGCCCGGCCCUAGACUACAAACCCUCCCGCACCGACGAAGCGUCCUGUUAUGCUGGUUACGACAGACCCUGCAAAUUAACACCUUAUGCUAUUAUAUUGACGGCUAAGGUGGACUCGGAAGCUGAUUGUCGGAAGAAAUGCACUGUCAUGAGGGAGAAUAUGGGGAGGGAUUCACCACCUUGUAUGUCUUUUAGUUAUAAAAUUUCUGGUGACACUGACGGAGACAACUGCCACAUGAGCGACGUCCCAACUCGAGACCUCCGCCCAGGUCUCGACUACACCCACGACGAGGACUACUCCCUCUACGUCUUCAAAGAGCUCGAGCCCAAGUGUUCCCCCCUGGACGACUACGACGCCCCCAGCUACAUUCCGCCGACGCCUGGAGACCUCCCCCCUGCGCCACGACCUCCCAAGCCCUACGAGAAGCCAGAAGACCCCUAUUACUACGAAGUAAACGCCCCAGACCACAGCAAACCGGGAGAUUCAGCCCUGGGUUACCACUACCCCGUCCCCCACGCCAAGCCGAGCUUCCCCCAGGACGAGCGCUUCUUCUUCCCCCCAGAGUUGACAGUCUUCAACCAUUACACGGUGAGCGGUCACCCCUGCAAAAGAGGAACGAAAUGCGAGAGGCACCCUGAGGCUGGGUUCUGGUCCUGCCAGACCGAGGGCUCUGAACCAGACUCCUGGGACUACUGCUGCGAGCCCUCACACCAGUGCGGCUUCUCCCAGGGGUUCCGGUACCCCUGGUGCUACGUGGGGGCCUCCAAGGAACAGUGGAGACCCUGCAGUGAGCGGUAUUUCCCGUAUUCUUCGAAACCGACAGGACCGAGACCUUCUAGACCCAUCUCUCCUAGACCACAUUUUACGAAGUGCGAGUACGAGGUCGAAUGUGGCGGGAGACAUUGGCCUGUGGCCGUGCUUCAUGGUGAAGCUCCACCAACUCAUGGAUGGGAAAUAUCACCCGGCCCCAUUCCUAACGGCACAGACUCAGUCGCUCUAGCUAAUAAUCACAAUCAUCGUGAAUCAAAUGACUCCGAUGAAGUCACACCUCCAGUGAAGUCGAUUGAAGAGCCCAAAAACGGUACCAACUCGUCCACUGGAAGUGUGAAAAAAAGAAGAACUGAGGAGGUUCUUCUCCUGCCCCUGAAAAUUUUCCCCAGUGACAAGGCUGACGAAUCCGAGUACCAAAGGGCGAAUUCCAGGUUCAAACCCCUCCACACUUCCAACUCUUCGCUGACUGCUGUCUCCAGGAACGACAACAGUCCGCAGUUUUUCAUCACCAAACGGUUGAACGCAGCCUUGUCGACCCAGGAGAGCGAGAGACCGAAGACCAGGGGAGCAGUGGGAAAAAUCGAGAGAAUAGAGAGACCCAAUGAAGGAAGGGAGGAGGGUCAACGACUCGUCACUGUGACAAGCAGACCACGACCAGCUGAACCUCAUGAUUUGAAAAUUCACGUUCCAGUAAUAUCUGUUGUUGUGUCUAAUGCCACAUCCGUUAUUCCGAAUUCUACGAGGCACUGGGUGAGGAUGGAGACUAUUGACAGUGGGAGGGAUGGGUCUAGGUCCCUGUGAUGGUGCUUUAAUCAUUACUAUUUUAGUUUAUGAGAGAUUUUUUAUGAACGAAACGGGAUUUUGUGUACAACGAAUCUGUUUAGGUUUUAGAUUAUUCAAUAGUUUUUAUAAUUGCGUAGUGCAUAGUUUUGAUGUAAGAUUAAGAAAAUUAAAAUUUAGGAUUUUUCAACUUUCA